AUGAUCCUGCCCUACUCCUCGUUAUUCCUAAGCACCUAUGGUCAGCUGUUCUCCAAGAACCUCACGUCUUACCAACGGCAGGUCACCUCGCUUCGCGAGCCCUCAGCUCCGGGUCCAAUUGCCGGCGUUCCCGUACUGGUGCAGCUUCGCGAGCCCUCAGCUCCGGGUCCGCUUGCCGGCGUUCCCGUACUGGCGCAGCUUCGCGAGCCCUCAGCUCCGGGUCAGCUUGCCGGCGUUCCCGUACUGGUGCAGCUUCGCGAGCCCUCAGCUCCGGGUCAGCUUGCCGGCGUUCCCGUACUGGUGCAGCUUCGCGAGCCCUCAGCUCCGGGUCAGCUUGCCGGCGUUCCCGUACUGGUGCAGCUUCGCGAGCCCUCAGCUCCGGGUCAGCUUGCCGGCGUUCCCGUACUGGUGCAGCUUCGCGAGCCCUCAGCUCCGGGUCAGCUUGCCGGCGUUCCCGUACUGGUGCAGCUUCGCGAGCCCUCAGCUCCGGGUCCGCUUGCCGGCGUUCCCGUACUGGUGCAGCUUCCCGCACCCUCAGCUCCGGGUCCGCUUGCCGGCGUUCCCGUACUGGUGCAGCUUCCCGCACCCUAG